AUGUUUCGUUACUGUUUAUGUACGGCACAACACAAUAUAAUUUCACUCAAGCAAGUCGUGUCGUUAACUGUACAUUAAUUUAUUGUUUUGUUUUACAAUACUAUAUUGCUAUUGUUUCUUUUUUUUAAUAUAGGUAGUAGUGGUAACAAAGUAUGGAAAGACUCGAUUUUAUUAUUUUAGGAGCGACUGGUUUUACAGGAAAAUAUGUGGCAAAACAUUUAGCUAAGUUAUGUGAACAUCCGGAUUACAUUAGUUUAAAAUGGGGUGUGUGUGGUCGGUCGAAAGAAAAAUUAAAUGGUUUGAAAAAAGAACUAAUUAAAAUUGGAGAUCGCACAUCGGAAAUUUUAUCAUUAAUCUGUGACAUCCCUUCGGGAGACUUAAAAGCUGUGACCAGUCAAGCUAAGGUUGUGAUAAACUGCACAGGACCCAACACCAUACUCAGUGAACCCAUAGUGAAGGCUUGCAUUGAAACAUCCACUGAUUAUGUUGACAUAUCAGCGGAAUUAUUCCAAAUGUUGGAUAUAUACGAAAAAUACAAUAAGUCAGCAGAGCAAUCUAAUGUGCUUAUCAUACCUGCUUGCGGGUUUUCUUCUAUUCCUGUUGCAUCUGGAUUAAUUUAUUUAGAAAAAUAUUUUAAAGGCGCUAUCAGAACAGUGCAAUGUUACACAAGAUUAGACAUUCCCUUGCGUGCAUAUAUUCCAUGGGCCAACAACUGCUUAAUAAACUCUGGAACUUGGGAAUCUAUGAUCCAUGUAUUUCAUAAACUACCUGAACACGCUCAGUUGAAAAAUAAAUUGUUUCCGGAGAAUGCGCAUAACCCUGUACCACAAGAAUUAAAGAAGUCACUAUUUCACAUUAGCCAACGUAAAGUCUGGUUUACAUAUCCAGGUCCAGACGCAGAUGUAGUUGAUAUGUCGGAGAGGUAUUUGAAAAGGGCAAAAGGCGUAACUCCAUUUCACUUCAGGAUGUACGCUACAAUGCCUUGCAUUCUUCAACUUAUCAUUGUAACAGUAGCUAUUUUUACUUAUUAUUAUAUGUCCAGAAUGAAAUGCUUCCGAAGAUUAUUAAUAAAGCAUCCAAGAAUAUUUUCCGCCGGUUACGCUACUCACAAAGGUCCUUCUGCAAAUAAUGUCCGUGAAACAAAGUUUACUAUGACAUUUAUUGGUAAAGGUCAGGAUGAAAACGGAAAAGAAAAGAAUAUCACUGCAAAGAAAAUGAGAACAAAACCAAGAAAGCUCUGCCUGCUACCAUUGAAAAUAUACAGUUUGGUUUUAUAAUAUCCGGUAUAUCACCACUCAAUGAAAACAUAUUUCCCGAAUCGGAGUUUAGUGGAGCUUAUGUGAUGGAUAGGCCAGUGCCAGUAUCACAAGAUGUUGCUGGUUCUUCGACGGCUAGGAUGAACAUAAAUCCGAACGUAAAUGCCAUACCAUCAGUGCCAGAAAAGAAUAUCGACAGUGCAGGGUCUUCCAGAGCUGAACAUUUGAUCACCCUUCCAAAUUCUGCUGUAUAUAUAUUCAAUAAUAUGGUUAACAUUGUCAACAUUUCUGAUCAUCAUAAUGAAAUUACUGCAGAAGAACCAAUUGUUUCAAGUGAAUCGACUACUGCUUUGCCAUUACGCUCAAGAUCCGCUAGUACUAAUUGCGAAUCACCUUCAAUUCUUGAACAGCAUGAGUCAGGAGAAGAGCUCAGUAUACAAACACCCGAAAGUGAAUAUCAAUUGGAAAAACACCAAAGAGUGACUCCACCGCCUUCAACUUCUGAUACCCCUUUUACUUCUUUUAUUCAUCUAACAGACAUAAUGCCCAUUCCGAAAGCUCUAACUUGUUUAGAAAAUCGAAGAAAUAUACGCAAACGUAAAAGUACUAUUUAUACACAUGCCUGAAAAAGAAAAACUUAUGGAAUUAAAACAGAAACAAUCGUGUACAGAAUAUUUGAAGAAGAAAAAAACUGAAAAUCUUAUAUCUAAAAGUUAGGAAAAGGAAAAUGUAAAGGGAAGGUUAAGGUUAAGGGAAAAGGUAAGAACGGUAUCAGAGGAGCUAAAAAUAAAGAUAAUGAUGCAGCAGCUUAUUCAGAUGAAAGUGAUGAUGAUGACACGAUUUGUAUAGAAUGCACUGAUUCUGUUAGUCCGCCUGGUGAAGAAUGGAUUCAGUAAAUACACUGAAUCUAUUCUUUUCCCAUUCAAUAUGUGCAAAAGGCAAUUUAAUGUUUUAUGAGUGCAAAAAUAGAUGAUAAGUUAAUUAAUGUUCUUAAUUGUUGUAAAAAAUAAGAAGUAUUCGUCUUUAUUAAAGAGGGAUAAUAUGAUUAUUAA